AUGCCCGCUCUACUGGAAGACCCCUCAACCCGCAAUCCCCCACCAAGUGCGCACAUCAGAGCAGCGCCUACCCUGAAAGCGCGGCAAGCAACACUUCCCAAGGACAAUGAUGCCCCGAUUACUCUCUAUCCAAUCACUGGAGGCGCGCAAUCCCUCCCGCAGGACCUAGUCCGCUUCCUGCACCAAGAGUUCAGCGCGGAGAUCCUCCGUGGCGGUACUUACCCUAUGGAAGAGCCUCUGCCACUAGAACAAUUUGCCGAGUAUUGGUUUGGGACUUUUGCCGUGAUUGCGCUUGAUGGCACUGAACCGAUUCGAGAGGGGAGGGACUGGGAAAGUGCUUGUCUGGGCACUUUUUAUAUCAAGCCUAACUAUCCCGGUCGUUGCUCUCAUAUCUGUAAUGCUGGAUUUAUUACUACUUCUGCCGCACGUGGCAGAGGUGUUGGGUACGCUAUGGGAGAAGCGUAUCUAGAUAUUGCACCGAGACUAGGCUACACAUACUCGGUCUUCAACUUAGUCUUCGCCAACAACCCAGCUUCAAUCCGCAUCUGGGAUAAACUCGGCUUCAGCGUCAUUGGCCGCGUACCCAAGGCUGCACGACUGGAGAAUAGCGAGGAACUAGUCGAUGCAUUGAUAUUCGGACGGGAGUUGGGGAAUUAG